UCAAUAUUUGAAUAUAUGAGGAUAAAAGAAUUUGGAGAAGAAUGAAAAUACGAAUAAGAAAAAAUGGGACCUCAAGUCCACCACCAGCCACAGGACCACCGCCUGGAGCAUUUCGAAGCUUCAGCCACAUAUGGCACAGAGCUCGUCACUCCAUCCGGCAAAGUGGAUCAAGUUCUUUCGUCAGCCUCUCAGCCUGUUGCUUGCCUUGCCUCAUUACCAAACCGAUAAAUCCACCACCACCUUCACCAAGUUCUCAGGACCAAGCGAUAGCAACAACAACACCACCAUUUGCCAUCCGUCGUAUCGAAUUUGCAUCAUCAUCUGAAUAUCCUCCGGAACUACCAAUUGGGAGAUCCGAGCUUGCGAGAGCUCCGCAGUCGUAUUCGCAUUAUUUAUCUUCGCCAGCGACGCCCCCGAAGCUACUAGUACUACAGCAGCCCAACGGUGGUACCCCCAGCGAAGCCGUCACCCCCGUAGCUCUCUCAUCCCUGCCGUCCACAGCACCAUCCUCACCAGUCCUUCCGCCCUCGUCCUUAUCGCCCCCGCCGCAACGCUUUAACAUGGCCGAACGAACGCUCCAGCAGAUCCUCAACCAGCUGCGCUCGAAUCCCGGGCUGCCCUACGCCGAAGCUUCGUCCCUCCUCUCCAAAGCCAAGAUCCAACUGCUGCAGCUCAAGGCCGCCACGCCCGGCGCCCCCGGGUCGACCGGUGGUGCAGCAUCUCCGCAACACUUAGCCCUAGCCCGCGACGUCUACGAGCAGGGCGCCCUCUUCAGCAUCCGCGCGCGGAACCCCGACGCCUUCACCCGGUACGUAUCGCAGCUGCAACCCUUCUAUGAGCUGCCGGGUACCGCUACGGGCGGCGAGCGCAACAAGGUGACCGGUCUAUACCUGCUAUUGCUGCUGACGCAGGGCCGCUAUGCCGAGUUCCACUCCGAGCUCGAGACUCUGGGUACUCGGGCCAAGGAGAGUGGUGCCGGCGAGAUCGAAGGUGACCGCUUCCUAGGGUACUCCAUCAACCUAGAGCGAUGGCUCAUGGAGGGGAGCUACGACCGUGUGUGGAAGGCUUUGAAAAGCCGGGAGGUUCCGAGUGAGGAGUAUGGUGUUUUCUCUGAGAUCCUAACAUCCCAAAUCCGCUCCGAAAUCGCCUCGAGCAGCGAGCGCGCAUACCCCUCGCUCCCGCUAAGCAGCACCAAGUCCCUCCUAUUCCUCGACUCCGAAGGCGCCGUCGUCGACUUCGCGCGCCACCGCGGCUGGGUCGUGCGCGACGGCAACAUCUACUUCCCCACGUCGGCCGCCACCGUCGACGGCGAGCCCAUCAACGUCGCCUCCUCCUCCGACGCCGACGCCGGCGAGGAACAGGAGUUCAGCCGCAUGGUCAUCGAGAACGCCCUCGGCUACGCCCGCGAACUCGAGACCAUCGUCUAAGCUGUGCCUACCUAGUUACCUAAAUCAAAGCUUAAAAGCCCAAGAUAGAGCUAGUAGUGAAAGGUGAACCUACCUUACCUACCCCUUAUGAGCUGAGUUGUGGGCCAUAAUGAGAUCUGGCCCCCUGGAAAAAAAGAAAAAAGAAAAAGAAAAAGAACGUCGAGAUCCUAGUGCUGUGUGAAGGGCUCGACUAGCUAGCUAGCUAUGCGAGGGGGGGUGAGAAUUCCGAUACACUUAAUAAUAUCCGUCGUAAGAGAUGAGCGUGAGAUAGGUAGAGACGCUAGGUGAACCGUUUAUGGAAUAGGUCACGGAGGUUCCUGGGCCUCUGUAUGGAUAAACGUGCUAAAGAUUAAGCGUCAAUACAUACAUACAUAGCUAGUAGUAUGAACGUAUGCAUUAAUGCGAGGCUUCGUCGGGAAUUAAGCGCAACUUGAUUUUAAUCGUAUGAGCAAGACUACCUAAGGUACCUGUUAUUACGAUAAUCGUCGUAGCAUAGAAUCGAGAAGCAUCAAUC